AUGUCUCACAACGUAGUUGUCGCUGGUGCCAGCCGAGGAAUCGGUCUCGCUCUCGUAAAAUACACCCUUUUACAAAACGAUAAAUCCCAGGUCGUUGCAGGCGUCCGUACGCCAGCAAAAGCUACAGAACUAGCUGAACUGGCAAAGAACUAUCCCGGCCGUCUUCACAUCUUUACUCUGGAUGUCGACAGUGACGACUCGAUCAAGGCCUUUACGUCAUCAGUCACAGCUGCUUUCCCCAACGGUGUGGAUGUGCUGAUUAACAAUGCUGGUAUUCUGCCUACUCCACGGGCUACCCUUGCUGAAGUACCACGAAAGGACUUCUUGGACGGCUUCAGCACCAAUGCCCUAUCAUCAUACUAUGUAACAGUCGCGCUCCUCCCACUCUUAUCAAAAAGCUCCAACGCCAAAGUAUUAAACAUAUCGUCUCUCAUGGGCUCUAUCCAAGCUACCACCGAAACAAUCGGCUAUGGUGCAUCACCAGCCUACCGUACUUCUAAAGCUGCAAUGAAUAUGUUGUCUGCCACACUGGCCGCUGUAAACCCAGAUGUUACUAUUAUUACCUCUCAUCCUGGCUUGGUACUGACUGAUAUGGCUGCCAGUAUUGGAGUCACUGCCAAAGACUUCCCAAUCGCUAUCACCACCGAUGUCUCUGCUACUUCGCUAUUAAAAGUCGUUGAUGGCUUGACUAAAGCUGACAGUGGUAAAUUCUACAACUAUGAUGGAACUGUCGUGCCCUGGUAA